UUAUAAGACAUACCCAUUUCUUCCCAAUCCUAAACUUAUCAUAAUCUUGAGAUACCCAUUUCUUCCAAAUCCAGAAUCUAUUAUAAGAGAGACCCUUUUGUUCCAAAUCCAAAAUUUAUCAUAAGAGAGACCCAUUUCCUGCAAAUCCAAUCCCCCAUCUCCUCUUUGUAUUGCCUUCAUUCAUAGCUAAUCUUGUUGCAGAGAAUUAUACAUCGUUUGGAGUUCAGUAAGAGUCUUUUGGCCUAUGGAAGGAAUGGGCGAGGAGGAAGGUUAUGAUUCAGGGCUUGCUCUAGGAUUGAGUAUUGGUGUAGGGAGAUAUUAUGAUGGUGGCCUUAGUUCUCCUUCUCCAAUGGGGAGAGACAAUAGCAUGAAAAGAGAACGGGAGGAUGGUGUUACAGAGGAGGAAUUGGGUGGUUCUAGAGUUAGUGAUGAAGAAGAAGAAAGUAGUAGUACGAGGAAGAAGCUUAAACUGACAAAAGAACAGUCUGCCCUUUUGGAGGAGAGCUUCAAACAAAACAGUACCCUAAAUCCUAAGCAAAAACAAGUUCUCUCCAAUCAGCUGAAUCUUCGCCCUAGACAAGUUGAAGUCUGGUUUCAAAACAGAAGAGCAAGGACAAAGCUUAAGCAAACUGAAGUGGAUUGUGAAUUCUUGAAGAGAUGCUAUGAGUCAUUGAGUGAGGAGAACAGAAGACUGCAGAAAGAGUUAGCAGAAAUGAGGGCUCUGAAACUGGCAACAGCGUCUCCACUAUACAUGCAAGCACCUGCACCAACAUUAAGCAUCUGUCCUUCCUGUGAGAGAAGAAUGAUAACAGCAGAUAAAAUUGGGACUUUCCCUCAAUUCCCAAAACAACCCUUCUACACUUAUAAGAAUUCUCCCACAGCCUCUUGAUGGGAUUGUUAUAUACACUGUACAUAUUACAGAGCUUUUUCAACAAUCCCUACCGAGGUCACCUGCGGAUUUAUUGGGUAGUUGCAGGCCUCGAAUGAAUGUAAACUGAUUCACAGUUGGGGAAUAUGAAUGGGAUAAGGCCUGAAUUCUAAAUUGUGGGCUAUCUUCAUUUUGAUGCUAGAUUAUAAGAUAUGAUCUAAAAUCUUUCGAAGAUGUAAAAAAUUGUUAUUCAUCAUAUGAUACACAACUAUUUCCUUUUGCUUGUGUGAAAGGAAUUCUAUCUUAUAAACAGGCAAUUUCUUGUGUAUGUAGAUUGAAUGGAUGAAUUUUUAUAUAACGAA